AUGUCACCACCGAUAUUACCUGCCCGUCCAGGACAAGUCGGCUUUCAGGCGUCGUAUAGUCCUAUUUCACCGACGGUUGAACGCACCGGAGCCGAAUCUACAUCUCCCGUACCUUCAUUCACGUCGCAGUACAGCAAGACAUUCUUUCUCGACCUCAUACCAGAUUACGUCGAUAGAGUUUACCCUGCCCAUCCGGUCAUUACCCAAUAUGAGCUCAGAAAGUACAUCGAGAUUAUGGACACCAACCAAGAUGUUCGCUCAUUUGUGUACACUUUUGGCGGUUGCACACUCAAUCUCACACGCUAUGGCGAUCGCAGAACAGACGAAGUCGUUCAGACCAUUGAGAGCCUCAUGGACUAUUCGAUGGAAAACAUGAGACCGGCUCACACACAUUUCCACUUCUCAGUGAUGCGGGCCGUGCAGUCCAUGUUCAUACACAACUACCUAAUCAGUCUGCAAGGCAGCGACGCCGCGUUCUACUACAUGAGGGAUGCGAUUUCGAUCAUCCAACUCCUAAGAAUAGACAACCCGGAAAAUGCGGCUCAGAUAUCGCCUCCAGAGCGGUCUCGAAGACAGCGGCUAUACUGGCAAGCAUACAUACACGAGCGUUUUCUAGCCAUCUUGCACUAUCGUCAAGCCAUUCUACCCCCGCUCUACACCUUACCUGAAGACGAUCCUACGCUUUCGAUACAAGUUCACGAAGGCUUUAACCAAACCAUCAAACUCUUUCGGCUGUUGGAUAGGGAGUUUCUCAACAGCUGGCUUGAUUCGCAAGGAGGCAGCGUCACCAGCACCUGGGUCGAGGCCAAAUCGCGCGAGCUCGACGGUGACCCGGAAGCCGAUGCCCGGGAACUGUCCAUGCUGUCCAUGAUGCAACGUGCCGAUCUAUCGAUAACACGCGAAUGGCUGCGCACGUUGGUCUGGCGUUUAGCCAUGAGUCGAACACUACUGUCUUCUCGCUCAUCGGAAGAAUGCCUGUCGCUUCUUUUCCCUGUACGUUUAUCACAGACGCUCCGGCAACAGGUAUCCAGCAUGUCACGCCAAGACAUCGAAGUCCACGGCACCAGCAUCACUCAAAAGCUCUUCGAGAUUACAGACACCAUUGCCGACGUACUGAUCCACGUAUCUGCAGCAACACUCGAUGAAACAGCCCUACGAAUCGACGACUUCCUCUUCAUCCUCGACUUUGUCCUGCGAAUCCCACAUCUGGAUCAGACGCGUCGCGGCAUCUUGCUAGAGAAACUAGAGCGCCUCCAGACCAUGUUUCCUGAGGCACUCAGCAAUGCUAGCUCGCCCAGUUUGCCACUCGAUCUGCACAGCCCGACGGCGUGA